AUGGGAUACGUGAAGAAGCUUGAGAAGUGGGUGCCUCAUAACCUGUCGAAUGAACAGAAAAAGAAGCGUAAAGAAGCUGCACAGAAACUGCUGGUACGGGCCAAAAACCCACAUUUUUGGGAUCAAAUCGUCACUAGUGACGAAAAAUGGGUGUGCUACAACAAUAAAAGAAGAUCCAGGCGCUGGACUUGUCGUGGCCAACCGGCUAGCCAUUUUGCAAAGCCCGAUUUGCGUCAAAAGAAGUUAAUGCUAACCGGUUGGUGGUGUAGCCGUGGACUGAUUCACUACAGCUAUUUAAAACAUGGCCAAACCAUAACAGCUAACACGUACUGUGAGCAGAUCGAUGAAAUCCCCACCGAUGUUGAGAAGACGAGGCCCAAUCAUACUGCACGACAACGCCCGGCCUCACGUGGCAAAGAUGACACAAGAAAAACUGAAGGGGCUUGGGUAUGA